GAGAAAAAGAGGAGCAGGAAGAGGGGUGUAGGGGAAUGUGAAGAGGGGGCAAAAGGGAAAUGAGAAUGAAAGGUGCGGGGGAGGGGAUGAUUACUGACGAGGGGACUGGGGAGAGGUUAAAUAGCAGCUGCGGUGAAAGGGAAAGUUCAGAUAGAGGGCUGGGUGAGCGAAGAGGGAGUGUGAGCGGUCCCGAGAAGGGCGGCCCGAAGCCGGGCAGACGGAACUGCACUCCGGUGCGGACUCGAACUUCGGCUCGGCCGGGACGGGCCGGGCUGGACUGUGGCUGCCGUUUCUCCGCGAUGCUGCAGCGGCUCCUCUCCGUCUGGAAGCGCUACAAGUACCGGCUGGUGCCCUGGAUCGCGCUGAACCUGGGCAGAAACGCCAGGACAAUACGAUUUGUUCCAGAAACAUCUUUGGAUAAAAUUAUUUCUGACUCUGCGAUUGAGGACUCAUUACAGAAGUUGUUUUGUGCCUUGCUCAGAGGAGAUUUGAGCAAUCAAACUGAGUUUCUUAAUAUGCUGCCAGAAAGUAUUCAAUCAAAGUACAUGGAUAUAUUAACUCAUUUUCAAUCUGUUAAAGAAACUGAAGGAAAUCAUAUGGAUUUUAACCCUGAAGGGGCAAUGUUUGAAACAUUUGGAUUCAUUAUAAGAAGAGCAACAAGUUCACUUUCGUCUGCAGGAAGAGGGGUGUUUGUUACAACAGGAAAGAUCGAUUUCUGGCCUUGCUCCACCUUACCAUUGCAACCUUCUUCAGGGUUCCUCCGCAUCUGGUCUUUAGGUACUGUCUAUCAGCAAUAUGAACCAAUCCUUUUCCAGUCUAUAUGCAACCCAUUCAUCUUCCGGUGUAUAGAUGGUGUGUUAAUUGAUGGAAAUGAUAAAGGAAUUUCUAAAGUUAUUUAUAGAUCUUGCAGUGGACGGGAUAGACUUGGUCCUUGUAAAACAAGUGAUGUCACUUGGCUUACAGAAACCCCAGUCAAUCCAUUAGGUGUGGGACAAUAUGUCAACAACUGUUCUAAUGAAAAAGAAGCCAAUGUAUGCUAUCAGGAAUUUGAUGUCCCCAUAACGUUUCCUCUCGAAUUGCGUCAGUACAUUCCUAAUGUCAACUACAGGCAUGAUGCAGGAAGGCCUUUGCGAUGUGUAGUUCUUGUGGCUCUUCGAGACAUAGAAGUGGGAGAAGAGCUGUUUUCCAAUUACUACACUAUAAUAAAAUAAAAACACUAGACGUACCUCUUGUGGUGCUUCAGUCCACUCUCUAGAGUUGCACUUCCUAGCUAUUGAUGCUGAAUUCUUGAACCAUUUCAAAACAACGUUUUAAUAAGUGAUAAGUUGGU